AUGGCCCAACUCUACUACAAAAAAGUCAACUACUCACCAUACCGAGACCGCAUCCCCCUGCAGAUCGUGAGGGCUGAGACAGAGCUCUCUGCAGAGGAGAAGGCCUUCCUCAAUGCCGUGGAGAAGGGGGACUAUGCCACUGUGAAACAGGCUCUACAGGAGGCCGAGAUCUACUACAAUGUCAACAUCAACUGCAUGGACCCUUUAGGCCGAAGUGCUCUGCUGAUUGCCAUUGAGAAUGAGAACUUAGAGAUCAUGGAACUGCUGCUGAACCACAGUGUGUAUGUGGGUGAUGCGUUGCUCUAUGCCAUCCGCAAGGAAGUAGUGGGUGCUGUGGAGCUUCUGCUCAGCUACAGGAAGCCAAGCGGAGAGAAACAGGUGCCCACUCUGAUGAUGGAUACCCAGUUCUCUGAGUUCACACCAGACAUCACUCCUAUUAUGCUGGCUGCCCACACCAACAACUAUGAAAUCAUCAAAUUGCUUGUCCAGAAACGAGUCACAAUCCCACGGCCCCACCAGAUACGCUGCAACUGUGUGGAGUGUGUAUCCAGUUCUGAAGUAGACAGUCUGCGCCAUUCUCGCUCCCGACUGAAUAUCUACAAGGCUCUCGCAAGCCCCUCACUCAUUGCCUUAUCAAGCGAGGAUCCCAUCCUAACUGCCUUCCGCCUGGGCUGGGAGCUCAAGGAGCUCAGUAAAGUGGAGAAUGAGUUCAAGGCUGAGUAUGAGGAGCUCUCCCAGCAGUGCAAGCUGUUUGCCAAAGACCUGCUGGACCAAGCCCGGAGCUCCCGGGAACUGGAGAUCAUCCUCAACCACAGAGAUGACCACAGUGAAGAGCUUGAUCCUCAGAAGUACCAUGAUCUGGCUAAGCUGAAGGUGGCCAUCAAAUACCACCAGAAAGAGUUUGUUGCUCAACCCAACUGCCAACAGUUACUUGCCACUCUGUGGUACGAUGGCUUCCCUGGAUGGCGGAGGAAACACUGGGUAGUCAAGCUUCUGACCUGCAUGACAAUUGGGUUCCUGUUUCCCAUGCUGUCUAUAGCCUAUCUCAUCUCACCCAGAAGCAACCUGGGGCUGUUCAUCAAGAAACCCUUUAUCAAGUUCAUCUGCCACACAGCAUCCUAUUUGACCUUCCUCUUCAUGCUUCUCCUGGCUUCUCAGCACAUCGUCAGGACAGACCUCCAUGUGCAGGGACCUCCCCCAACUGUCGUGGAAUGGAUGAUAUUGCCCUGGGUUCUAGGUUUUAUUUGGGGGGAGAUUAAGGAAAUGUGGGAUGGUGGAUUUACUGAAUACAUCCAUGACUGGUGGAACCUGAUGGAUUUUGCAAUGAACUCCCUCUACUUAGCAACUAUUUCCUUGAAGAUUGUGGCUUAUGUCAAGUAUAAUGGUUCUCGGCCAAGGGAGGAAUGGGAAAUGUGGCACCCGACUCUGAUUGCAGAAGCACUCUUCGCAAUAUCCAACAUUUUGAGUUCAUUGCGUCUCAUAUCCCUGUUCACAGCCAACUCUCAUUUAGGGCCUCUGCAGAUCUCUUUGGGACGCAUGCUGCUUGAUAUCCUCAAAUUCCUCUUUAUCUACUGCCUGGUAUUGCUGGCCUUUGCCAAUGGACUGAACCAGCUUUACUUUUAUUAUGAGACCAGAGCUAUCGAUGAGCCUAACAACUGCAAGGGGAUCCGAUGUGAGAAACAGAACAAUGCCUUCUCCACGCUCUUCGAAACCCUGCAGUCACUCUUUUGGUCUGUAUUCGGCCUUUUAAACCUUUACGUCACCAAUGUGAAAGCCAGACACGAGUUCACUGAGUUUGUGGGAGCUACCAUGUUUGGAACAUACAAUGUCAUCUCCCUGGUGGUGCUGCUGAACAUGUUGAUUGCAAUGAUGAACAAUUCCUACCAGCUUAUUGCCGAUCAUGCUGAUAUUGAGUGGAAAUUUGCAAGGACAAAGCUCUGGAUGAGUUACUUUGAUGAAGGUGGUACCUUGCCACCUCCUUUCAACAUCAUCCCCAGCCCCAAGUCAUUUCUAUACCUUGGCAACUGGUUCAACAACACCUUCUGCCCCAAAAGAGACCCUGAUGGUAGACGGAGAAGGCACAACUUGAGAAGUUUCACAGAACGCCAUGCUGACAGUCUGAUACAAAAUCAGCAUUAUCAGGAAGUUAUCAGGAAUUUAGUUAAAAGAUAUGUGGCUGCUAUGAUAAGAAAUUCCAAAACAAAUGAAGGACUAACAGAAGAAAAUUUCAAGGAACUAAAGCAGGACAUCUCCAGCUUUCGAUACGAAGUGCUUGACCUCUUAGGAAAUAGAAAACAGCCAAGGAGAAGCCUUUCCACUAGCAGCACUGAACUCUCUCAGAGGGAUGAUACCAAUGAUGGCAGUGGUGGGGCUCGGGCCAAAUCCAAGAGUGUUUCUUUCAAUUUAGGCUGUAAGAAAAAGGCAUGCCAUGGGCCACCUCUCAUCAGAACCAUGCCAAGAGCCAGUGGUGCCCAAGGAAAGUCAAAACCCGAGUCAUCAAGCAAACGCUCCUUCAUGGGCCCUUCUCUCAAGAAAUUGGGUCUCCUAUUCUCCAAGUUUAAUGGUCAUAUGUCUGAACCCAGUUCAGAACCAAUGUACACCAUUUCUGAUGGAAUCGUUCAGCAGCACUAUAUGUGGCAGGACAUCAGAUAUUCUCAGAUGGAGAAAGGGAAAGCAGAGGCCUGUUCUCAAAGUGAAAUUAACCUCAGUGAGGUAGAAUUAGGGGAAGUCCGGGGCGCUGCUCAGAGCAGUGAAUGCCCUUUAACCUGUUCCAGCUCUCUUCACUGUGCAUCCAGCAUCUGCUCCUCAAAUUCUAAACUCUUAGACUCCUCAGAGGAUGUAUUUGAAACUUGGGGAGAGGCUUGUGACUUGCUCAUGCACAAAUGGGGUGAUGGACAGGAAGAACAAGUUACAACUCGGCUCUAA